UAAGUGUGCAACACAUCAAAGUGGUUGAUUUUCCCAUAUCUUGUAAAACGGCUUUGUAGGACAAGGAUUUUUCUCCAAGACAGCCAUACAAACUCUUCUUCAAUCUCCCAUUUAAUCGAUUCGACCCGGUCUCCUCGCGUCUUUUUUAAACCCUGAACAACUUGAGUCUUGCGAGUCUUGCUGGACUGGUGAUUUCAUUCUCCAGCCCUCAGUGAAACAAGACAGGUAGCAAGAAUUGUGAAAAGACGCUGUCAAAUGCUCAUAAAACACUGCCGUCGUAGAACUAAAGUUGGAUGUCUCCUAUUGACUGCAUGCAACGUCGUUUUCAUUUGGUUGCUGAACUUUUCUUCCAUCUUCAACGUAGAAAAUAUCAACGAGAGUUUGAUUGUGGAAGAUGCAAAUUUUACGAUACUCGAGCCGGCAUUUGCUCCCUCGUCGGUUCUGGAAGCAGUCGACGUCUUAGUUAUUAUCUCAACUUCUCCUUCUAGUUUUGAAAAACGAACUGCAAUAAGGAAAACUUGGGGGAAAUUCGAUACGCCCCAAUAUCAAUUAUUGUCUGAUGAAAGACGGCGCAUUCCAACAUGGCGGACGAUAUUUAUGACGGGAAUCGCGGCAGAUGAAGAGGUAGAUACAAAACUUCAGGAGGAAAGCAAACUUUACGAUGAUUUAUUGAUAUUUGCCUAUAAAGAUUCAUAUCGAAAAAUAACAAAUAAGCUUAUAGGCUCUCUUCAGUGGGCUUCAAGAGGAAAAUUCGAGUUCUUGUUGAAGACUGACGACGAUGUCUAUGUCAGUGUCCCUCGCUUGUAUCAAUGGCUGGUAAACACAGGGUGCCAUCUAAAACCCGUAUACGCCGGUAAAUUGUACUCCGGUACGGUAGAGAGGGAUGAAAAGCAUCGACAUUAUGUAAGCACAGAGAGUCUUAAGCUUAAAUUUUACCCUGUAUUUUGUAAGGGUUCCAUGUUUGUAUUAUCUGCUACAUUGGUUCCAAAGUUGGUAGAACUAUCAAGAAAAGUACAAAGGAUCCCACCAGAUGAUGCAUAUGUUGGAUUACUUGCUCACGAGAUGAAAGUAAAGCCGACAGCGAUACAAAGCCUAGUACAAUUAUCUCUCAUGCCAUAUAUUUUUCCAUUUCUGGACUCUUGUCAUUACCAGACGGUAAUUGGAGUUGGUGAUUCACUAACUCCUGCUCAGCUUGCUUAUGUUCAUUUGCAAAUCACAAACAAGCAGUCACCCUGGCCCUGUGUCCAUCGCUGGACUAAGAUACUUGUAGUACUGAUAGUGUUAGUGGCAUUAUACCUCUUGAUUAUGAAUUUGAAAGGCUUUGCAAUCAAAACACGGAGACAUCACCGUAAAUCAUGAAAUAACUCUGAGUAGAGAUGUAUUUUUCGUGGAUAAGGCUUCUAAAGCUGGCGCAUCAUGUUGGGAGGUGUGUUUUGAGGUAGUUUAUCAUUUCCCUAGUGGCCAACAAAGCAUAAGAUUGCUAGCUGAUUAUGAUACUAUUUGCACAAUCUUUGCUGUAGGCUUGUUUCCAUAUACAUUCUUUUUUAUAAGAAGGUCUAAUUUUCAGGUGCUAGGCCAUUCUUAUUUUGGAGCUGAAAAUGUUCUUAAGGACGUUUAAAGUUUAGUGUAUGUAUUAAAUCUGCAUUGUCACCAGUUUACUUCCGUUUGAUAACGCAACAAUCUACGAUGAUUUUUAACAGAAAAAACGAAAAUAUUUCCAAAUUUAAAAGCAGAUUCUUCGAGAAUGUGACUGAUAAUUUUGAACGGAUGGCCUGUAAAAUAUUUCAGAUUUUAAUAGGUUUUUUUGCCUCUUGUUUGUUAAUUUGAUGUAGUUUAUCUGAAAACAUGCAUAUACUGGAACUAACAAAUGACGAGCAUGCAGUUAAAUUGCGCUAAAUUCAAAAAAUGUUGUCUUUGCCUGCUUAUAAAAAUUGUUGUAAUACAAUAUUUGGAAAACCAGUACUUUAUUCUGAUCGAUAAUUAUGUGGGCAAUAUUUGUUCUGACUAUGUCAGCCCAUGAAAUUCUAAGGAAAAAGAGAAAAUCUAUCAAAACUGAAGACCUGGUGUCAUUUUGUGUGCAUCAGUCAAAAAACUUGGGCGUGAAAGGGUAGGGUUUCCAUCAGGAAGUAAACUGGUGACAAUGCGACUCUAUCUUAGAACAAAGCCAGUUCUUUGCUUCAGGGCACUGAUCUGAAACUUACAAAUUAUAUCUAAUGUAGCUGAAAUGCAAUCAAGACACAAAAAGUCUUGGUUCACAAUGGGGUGCACUUCAGUUGGAAAGCAUAGUUUAUUGGUAUUUGUUUGACUCGGGGGGGGGGGGGGGGGGGGUCAUAAAAUCCGUCAUACCUAUGAAAUACUUAAUAGGAUAAGAACUCACUACCCAGAGCAAUAGCUUCUAGGAAAUAUAUAAAAUAGAUAAGAUAUUUAUAUGAUAGCACCCCAUCUUACCAUACCUGUCAACACUCCGUCAUUAGGCGGGAGUCUCAAGAUUUUGAACCUUUUCUCAAGCCUGAUUUUCUUGAAAAUAUCCAUACAUUUAGUGUAUUCUCCUGCAUUAGCUAUCUUUGUGAUUCUGAUACAUUCACUGUAUUCCUAAAGCAAGGUUGACACUUAUGUCUUACACAACAAUUAAGCCUGCUUAGCAGCUACCCUUCCCCUUGAGCCGCUACGCAGGCUACAACAAUUGUAUCUUCCUGAAAAUCACUUAAGAAGGAGAACUGAAUAAAUAUGUAUUUUCAAGAA